CUCUCCUUGAAGACCUACAUUGUUACUUCUGCAAUUCUCAUCCUUCCACCACUCGUUCAGACAGACGAUGUAUAUUAUCCUUGAUCAGGCUGUCCACGCACGUCAUCACCACUACUUCUCGCACCGACAGUCUGGAUGAUCCGUAGUGUAUGGCCGCAUUUGGUACAGGACUCUUGCCCUACACCCAGCUCACUCAGACACUGACUACAAGCUCAGAUACACCCUGGAUGUCCUCAAUGUCCAGACCAGGUCCAUAUGCAUCUACCGCUGAACCCUCCACCACCCAGCAAACCUGGGAUUCAAACCCGCCUACCUUCGCAGCGUUUUCUCCUACCACCACCUCUGGGUACUCCGCCACCUCGAAGCAACGCUCCACCAUCAUAGUCCACAAGAAAUCACCUCUCUUGGUAGCGACACCGCCGCAAAUCACUCGAGCGUUAGCACACUCUCAUCCUUUCUUGCUGCCACUGAACAAACUUGCUGGACUACUAUCAUGGAGUACACCAGACCCUUGGGAGUCCUUUCUCCUCGUUGCCGCUUUCUGGGCUAUUACACUUUAUGGAAGUGAGAUUAUCCGCUUUGCGAGCCCGAUAAUAGUUGUGGUCGGGUUGAUAUUGGGAAUGUAUUCGAGGAGAUACUCCCCUUUAUCCUCCACGAGCAAGACUGGCGACAAACAUGUCAAAGGCCACAAGAGAGAAGCGUCGGAAGCCAGCUCGCAACACAAGACUUUGGACGAGAUCGUUGAUAACCUUCAGGAGCUCACAGCCCGUUGUAACAUAUUACUGAAUCCUUUUCUUGCCUUGACCGACUUCCUCUCUACGCAAACGACACCAACUGCUGCAACCACCCGACCCGCACUGACGACUCUUUUCAUUCGAGUUCUUUUGGUCACUCCUCUAUGGAUCUUCCUGACCUUACCCCCUUUCUACAUUCUUACGACCCGUCGAGUCAUACUUACAUUUGGCACUAUAAUCUUAACAUGGCACUCCAAGCCAGCAAGGGUAGCACGGGUAAUCCUCUGGCGCUCUGUGUUUUUACGGAAGACUGCAGCAUUCAUCACAGGACUUCAAUUCGAUACCUCUGCUCCAUCAAAAGACGACUCAUUGCUGCGGUCUAUUGUUGGGGCCAGGUCAAAAUCUCAAGCUGGCUUAGCAUCAGAAGCUGCCACCAAAAAGAGACCAGACUCAUCAGGCGUUCGUUUCACAUUCAUUCUAUACGAAAACCAGCGACGAUGGAUCGGUCUUGGCUGGACGACCUCACUGUUCGCUUAUGAGCGUGGUCCGUGGACGGAUGAACACCUCAACCCAGCACCAUCGAAAGACGAGUUUGAACUGCCGGAGGUGGACGGCGGACACUCGAGGUGGCGGUGGGUUGAGGGAUCUGAAUGGAGGAUCGAACAUGGUGAUAGCAAGCAGCAUAAGAGGGCUACCAGUCAAACUAAGACUGGUUCAGCAGGAAAUGCCAGCAAAGACACGGUCGAAGACGGUGGGGGGUGGAUAUAUUACGAUAAUAGAUGGGAAGACGGAAGAAAAGAGGAUGGUUGGGGAAGAUAUACCCGACGACGAAAAUGGUUCAGAGAUGCCGAACUGGUAGAAGCCAUACCCAGCAUUGACCCUAGUCCCACGGGGACCCCGAAACGGCAGCUUUCUGAUACUGAAGAGGAGAAGGUCAAGAAAGCAAAGGACUUUGCGAAAGGUAUUGGUGCAUCUGCCGAUGCCCCUGAGAAGCCACCAAUCUCUUCCGCCGAUCAGGUAACUGGAGUAUCAAAGGCUGGCGACGACGCUGCCAGUAUUACCAAGUCCACAACAAGCAAGAAGAGUGGAGGUUGGUUCUCGAAGCGUGAGCGAAGUGAUUCCAAGAGUAGUAGUGGGAAGAAUACAGGGCAGCUCAGUACUAGAAGUGAUCGAAGUCGUGAUGGGCCGGAAGAUGAUGUUCACGAUCGGUGGAGAGACAAUACCGGAGGACAUCGAGCAUUCAGCGUUCAAGAAGACAUUGCCAUGUCUCUUGGAUAAACAGGAGUUUAAUGGUUGUGAUGACGACUUUGAGCAUUUGACGUAUAUGCAGCCGAUGAGGUCGUCACUGAGAAUGUAUUUUGUUCAUGCUUUGAUACUACUACAACCAUCCAACUCCGACUCUGUGGUUCAUUAUGGUUGAUUUGAUCUUGUUAGUCCGUACCUGUCAAUCAUAGAUCCAGACUUUUAUUCUGA